UCAUGGCUGCCCUUCAGAAGAUACCGGCGUAUCCGCCCGGGCUGAUACCGGCCUACCGCCGUCUGUACGGCCUCGUGGGGGGUAGGAUACGCAAGGAACAGGUCCUUGCUGCAGUACCAUGCACAUCAGUUCAGGGGCGCUUCAAGAGCAGUCGUUCUCGGGAGUACCUCCAGGAAAGCAUUGUUCCCAGCUACCAUUUCCAGCCCAGCAUGCCGAGACUGCCGGUCCCCAAGCUGGCCGACACCUGCAGUCGCUACCUGGCCUCCCAGGGGGCGCUGCUAGACAGUCAGCAGUACGCAGAGACGGCCAGGAUCACCCAGGAGUUCCAGGCCAAGGAAGGCGCAGAGCUCCACAAGGAACUUGUUGCCCUGAAUGACCAGAACAAACACACAAGUUAUAUCUCAGGUCCGUGGUUUGACAUGUACCUGAAGAGUCGACAGUCCGUCGUGUUGAACUUUAACCCCUUCAUAUCGUUUGUGGAUGACCCAAAGGCCGGAUACACUAACCAGCUGGUGAGGGCCACCAACUUUGUGGUGUCCUCUGCGCGGUUUAUGAAGUGCCUGCGAGCAGAGCUGCUGAAACCGGAGAUUUUUCACCUGGGAGAAAGGAGCAAGUCCAAGUGGUUUGAGAGGGUCAUUCGCUAUGUUCCCAGUUCGCUAUCCUGGUAUGGAGCAUACAUGGCUAACGGCUACCCGCUGGACAUGAGUCAGUAUAAGAACCUGUUUAACUCCACGCGAAUCCCUCGGCCGGGCAGAGAUGAAAUCGUAGUUGACAACUCUGCGAACCACCUACUGGUGAUACGCAACGGGCACAUGUACGUGUUUGAUGUCAUGGAUGCAGAUGGUAACAUCAAGCCGGCAGCAGAGCUCCAUGCGUACCUGAGCCACAUCCUGUCGGACCAGACACCGCCCCCCUCCCACCCUCUCGGCUAUCUCACGGCGGAGAACAGGGACACCUGGGCAGCACUCAGGCAGAAACUCGAGGACUGUGGCAAUGGAGAGGUUCUGAAGACAGUAGACAGUGCCAUGUUCUGUCUGUGUCUGGAAGACUCAGCGGCAGAAGAUGUGGACAGUCUCACCAGACUCAUGCUACAUGGAGAUGGGGCCAACAGGUGGUACGACAAGAGCUUCUCCCUGAUCGUGGACAGAAACGGAGGUGCGGCGGUGAAUUUUGAGCACGCCUGGGGGGACGGUGUGGCAGUUCUUCGCUACUUUAACGAGGUUUUUGACGACGUGUCGAUUUCUCCCAACGUGACCCCCUCCUGUAAACCUGCCGACAUCAACGCUUCGCAACACGUCAGGAAGUUGGAGUUUAAGCUAGACGGAGCUCUACAGGAAGGGAUUCAGCAGGCGAAGGAGAAUUUCUGGACCCACGUGAAGCCGUUAGACCUGGCAGCUCUGCAGUACACUAAACACGGCAAAAACGACCUGAAGAAGUACAAAAUCAGCCCAGACUCUCUCAUGCAGCUCGCUAUACAGAUGGGCUAUCAUCGACUGACAGGAAAGAGCGCGGGAACCUACGAGUCAUGCAGCACGGCCGCGUUCAAACACGGUCGUACGGAGACUGUUCGCUCGUGCACGCCCGAGACCAGGACAUGUUCGCUGGCGUUCGACAAAGUUGACUCUGCCAAUGCUUUGGAGCUGCGACAGCUGAUCCAGGCCUGCUCGGAUAAACACAACAGCCUCACUAAAAAUGCUGCUAUGGGUCAGGGCUGGGAUCGGCACCUGUUCGCCCUCCGCACUCUGGCCGAGCAGACCAGCGCGUCUCCCGCCAUUUUCCGCGACCCUGCGUAUGCGGCGAUCAACCACAUCAUCCUGUCAACCAGCACCCUCAGCAGCCCGGCGGUGCACCUGGGCGGUUUCGCACCGGUUGUGCCAGACGGUUUUGGGAUCGGGUAUAUGAUACGUGACCGAGAGCUUGGGUAUAACGUUACAAGUUACCCCGCGUCACAUAAUGUUAGAGAUUUCCUACAGUGUGUGGAAAGUAGCCUGGAGGACCUGUUUAAAGUGUUACAGGAGUCUAACAAGGCUGCAAAUCAAGAAAAGAAAUAAGCUAGGCCCAUAAUAAUUACCAGUAUUUCUAUCACUAAUAGCUUUAAUUUCAUCUGUGUUGGUAGAAGUCAUUCAGGAACAGGUUUUUCAUCUGUUAUUUCCAACACAAGAAUUGGACUCAUUCUUGGUGAUUUGCACCUUUUUUUCACACCAUUGGUCCUCUUUUGUAGUGUUGUAUUGUCUAAUAGUUUGCCUCCUUGUUAAGAAGUACAGUACAAGAAGAGAGUACUUGGAAAUUGACCCUGAAUGAACCCCUGAAGACAAGUGGAAGGUAGAGUGGUAUAGAAUGUCAGAUUAGACAAGACAGGGUUUGGUAGAGAAGAUUUUGACCAAAGAGGGAGGUCAGGUUUUGCUAAACAGAGUAAAACUUAGCCUCCGUAGCAGGCUUAUAGAACUGGGGG